AUGUUCAAGUCUGACAACUCCUUGCUGACCUCACUUUCCUUAAACCCUGGUGUUAUCAACCAAUGCAACCAACAGAGGAUCCCUAUACUGCAGCAAAUGAAGGCCUAUGCACGUCUAUACAAAGCCAUCAACAAGGACUUGAUGGAUCCCCUUUGCACUUUGGCAGGAACUGCCAUCUAUGCUGCCCUCAAGGAUCAUCAGAAUGGCAUUGUUUCUAAGCUGUGGGUCAAGUGGGCCAUCUCAAUGUGGGUUGAACCUGGCCAAUGCAACAAGGACAGCAAGGGCAAUGCUGGGCAGUUUUCUGGAAGCCCUGAAAGCAAGUGGGGUUCCAGCAGUGCUGCAUUUGUGCACUCAAUUGCAAUGCUGAAGCAGGCUGUGUGA